AUGCGCUCCGCCAGACCCUGCCGCAUCCUCCUCCUGCUGCUGCUGCUGCCGCCGCCGCCCGCCGCCGCCUACUUCGGCCUGACCGGGAAGGAAGCCCUGAGCCAUUUCCCAGCGCUGGGUGCGGCGGGGGGCCCGGGCAAGGGGCACCAGAAGCAGUGCGAGCUGCUGCAGCUGUCGCGCAAGCAGCGGCGGCUGUGCCGGCGGGAGCCGGGGCUGGCGGAGACGCUGCGCGACGCCGUGCGCCUGGGCAUCCUCGAGUGCCAGCUCCAGUUCCGCAGCGAGCGCUGGAACUGCAGCCUGGAGGGCCGGCCCAGCCUGCUCAAGAGAGGGUUCAAGGAGACGGCGUUCCUGUACGCCGUGUCGGCGGCGGCGCUGACGCACUCGCUGGCGCGCGCCUGCAGCGCGGGGCGCAUGGAGCGCUGCACCUGCGACGACUCCCCGGGGCUGGAGAACCGCAAGGCCUGGCAGUGGGGCGUCUGUGGGGACAACCUCAAGUACAGCACCAAGUUCCUGAAAAAGUUCCUGGGGCAGAAGAGGAUCGGCAAAGACCUGCGGGCCAAGGUGGACAUCCACAACACCAACGUGGGCAUCAAGGCGGUGAAGAACGGCCUCAAAACCACCUGCAAGUGCCACGGCGUGUCGGGGUCGUGCGCGGUGCGGACGUGCUGGAAGCAGCUCUCGCCUUUCCACGAGAUCGGGCGGCUCCUCAAGCUGCGCUACGACGACGCCGUCAAAGUUUUCAGCAGCAGCAACGAGGCGGUGGGGCACUCGGAGCUGGCGGGGCACAGACACGGCCCCCGGCAGCCCGCCCUGCCGCGCCCCACCGACCUGGUGUACGUGGAGGACUCGCCCAGCUUCUGCCGGCCCAGCAAGUACUCGCUGGGCACGGCGGGCAGGACCUGCUCCCGAGAGGGAAACUGCGCCAGCAUGUGCUGCGGCAGGGGCUACAACACCCAGAGCCGCCUGGUCACCUUGGCGUGCCACUGCCAGGUGCGCUGGUGCUGCUACGUGGAGUGCCAGCAGUGCGUGCAGGAGGAGGUGGUGUACAGCUGCAAGCAGUAG